AUGUCGGGUAAAUGCAGUUGGGACGACGGCAUGUCGUUGAGCGUCGAUGGAAGAAAAGCGACAGAAUCAAUGGGAGCUACAAAGGCAGGAAUCUUCGUUUUCGGAUCUUCGAUCUUUAUACAGAUAUACGAACGUUCGCGUUCUUUCGAUUCGUGGUUAGUGAAGAGAAAAAUGCCGACAAUUCCUCAAAGCCGGGCGGCACGGUGCGGUGAAUGGGGUGUAAAUAAGCGCGAGUACGUGGUGGAUCAUGCAUAUGCACCGCGUGGUGUGUCCUUCUCUUUGGCUGGUUCCACAGUUAACUUGGAUCACGAGCGUAGCAUGCCGAUGCCGCCAUCGGCCAUGGCUCCCGAGGGCUCGGCCUGCAAUUUAAAUGGCCGCGACACGCAGCAAGUGUCUCCGGGGGUCGUUGGACAACAGCAUCGGCUUACCCGCAGUCUGAUCUCCGUCGGGUCCAGCGUCUGCCGAAUAUGUCACACAAACACGGCGAAGGAAGCGCUUAUUUCCCCUUGUAGGUGCAAGGGCACGUUGGCUUACGUGCACUUGUCCUGCCUGGAACGAUGGCUGAAUCAGUCGUGCCGAACGUACUGCGAAUUGUGCCGGUACUACUUCAAUGCCGUGGAGACGCCUCGUUAUCGAUGGCCAGAGUCUCUGAGAAUAUGGAUUAGCCAUCCGCGAAAUCGUAGAAACAUAGAAUCAGACCUGCUCAUCUUAACAUUACUCACCAUUGUUACGGUGGGAUUAGCCGCGGUGUGCUUUUUAGGUAUGCGAUACUUUAUCAUUGAGGGAAACAAGAUUGGAAUUUCCAAACCCUGGACGCGAGGGGCGAUAUGGUUCUUCUUGACUAUCGUGAUAUUAGGCUAUGUCACCACAGUUUACUUGCUCUGCAGAGACCAAGUGUCGCCGUGGUACAGGUGGUGGAAGAGCACCGUCAAUGUCAGACUUGUCGUGGAUCCUCAAUUGCUUCGCCGUCGACCCUCGGAUGAGUCCUCUCAGGAUCGCGAGAGUCACGAUGGGUCGAGGGAGACGGCAACGUCUGCGGUCGAUACGUCAUAA